AUGUCGGAUACCAAUCCCCUUACGUCCUCGUGGGACGUCCUGAUCCCGCAAAGUACUCCUGAGCUCGAACCAAGCCAUGAUUCUCUACAAGGGGACCGGGACGUAGAAUCAUAUCUCGAAGAAUUCGGUUUGCUCCAGCAGCCAGGGCAAACCCACCAACAUAAGAUGGCAGGUCGCUAUGGCCCGGCCAAUCAUAUUGACUUUAACCUCCCAGAUGCCAGCAUCCAAACAUGGAGUCUCGAUGGGAAUGCCAGAAGUCCCGACGCCGACUUUGGCCCCACAAGCCCAGAUACUACCGGAGAGGAACAUUGGCCUCUCUACCAUGCAUCUCUUUUUCCGGGCGCGGAGCAACAUCUCAGCACGACCUUCUUCUCACGUUUGGGUAAAUUCGACACAGCCUUGCAUUGUGACGCUCUGGCUGGAGAGUCCGGCUGCCUACCACCGGACCUGCUACAUCAGCAAGAGGAACCCUUUGUCACUGACUUUACGGACCCUAUUAUGCACGCAUAUGAACUGGAAGCUGCUUUCCAGGACCUACGGAAAUCAUGGCCUUUAAGUUUGGAGCAAGAACAGCCUCCUUAUGCUCAGACAUACGGACCUAUCAUACCAACGCACGAUGGCACUGGCAACGGUGAAGAGAGAGGUGCCUCAUACUCUCCAUUGCAACGUAUAGAAUUUCCCGGCUGCGGAGAGCCCUCAGGAACCGAUGCGAUUACUUCUCCAGUUCUGGAUAUCUCGUCCAAACUGACUCCGUCGCAGCUGUUUAAACAACAAGACAAUCAAUAUCACGAUGGCUCAAGCAAGAAACAAUCGCUGAAUAUACCCGACAAGGUUGACACGCUUUUUCCCGGUCACAAUACUCAUAUCUUCCUCAAUGACAGAUCUCAAGGUGAAAUCAGUCACAGAUAUACGCAGCGGCGGAAUUGCUCCCCAAAGGAAGACCAACUCCAGUUCUUCAAAAUAGUUCAGAUCACUCCAGAAAGGGAUGCAACAGGAGACUUUUCUGAUAAUCCAACUCUUCUGGCGGACCCGUCGAUUGAUACAACCGUACCUGGAUUUCCCUCGACAGGAGUGCCUUGUAAAGCAAGCCACAGCAAAAUUGUCACGGUGGCCCGGAAGCGGAAGAGCCCCAGUGUGGGCUCUGCCGACGAAAAGCCUGUGAAGACGAUGGCUAUACAGAUUGUUCAAGAAGAUGGGUUAGGAGGGUCAUUGGAGCCUUCCGCGUCUAUUCCGACAGUGCCACGAGCACGCCGCAAUGGCCCGUUGUCUUUCGAUGGGCGACGAGAAGCUGCAAUGCGGAGAAAGGAUAAGAGCGUCUGUGUGUGGUGUCGUCUGGCUAAGAAGAAAUGUUCUGGCGAAAGCCCAUGCGCCACCUGUUUAGAGCAGGCAAAAUCCAUUUUCUUUGAACAGCCAUGCGUGAAAGCGGACUUCUUCCAAAUUGUCGAGUCUGGGACUUGCAAUUAUAUUUCCCAACGAGCAAUCAACCAUCCUACACCUGACGGAUCAACACGGGUGAGGAUGGAGCUGCCAGCUACAUUCGAAAUGAAGAAUUUACUGGAACUCCUGGACAAGCGUCGUGGGAAAUUCAAUAUCCGCGCUCGUCAAUCAUGGGGGACCCUCUACGUAAUAGACUUGAAUGAGACAUAUAAUUAUCUCAAAGACCUCAAUAAAUCAGAAUAUAGCCCUCGCUACGAUCUUCGGGAGUUCAUCGAUCGCAAGAUCUUGAAAUUCAACAAGUGGACGAAUUGCGUUAGAGAGUGCGAUCCGAUAAAUAAUCUUUUCUCCCUCCUAUCCCAAUGGAAUAACAUGCCCAGCCGCGCUAGCUAUGACUUUGUCGCCAUAUCUGCAGACCAACCCAACCGUCCCAUGAACGUCCACAACCCGGAAGACUCUGUCGACAUCCUCCUAGCCGCGCAGCUCUCCCGCAUUAUCUGUCGCAAGCUCGAAGUGGACGGCUUCCGCGCUCUCCAGAACGCCCUGAACAAAAACAAAUGGGACUCCAUCCCCUACGAUGCCUUCACGGAGUUUGUCGCGCAGCUAGGCCAGAUCCUGCUCACGCUCCGGUGGCGGGUGUCGUGGUGGGAACUACUUGGGGAUGGCGGAACGACGCCAGAUGCCAAUAAGGAACGCUACGAGGACCGUGUCCGACGUCUCUGCCAGGUCUUGUACUUUUACUAUACUUCUGUGAAGUUGAAAUUGCCGGCGUGGACGACCCCGACCGGACUUGAUGGAAUAUGGUCAACGUAUGCAGAUGCGACUCGUAUUUGGGAUGAUUUCCCGUCCGCUGCGUCCAUUGAUGGGUUCAAUGCAUGGAUGGCAAGAGGCAAGGAGCUUAUUCAGGAAGCUGGUGUGCAGAGCCGGAUAUCGAAGUUCUGCAAGUAG